GCCUGGGCCAUUAAUCAGAUACAAGGAUCUCUCUCUAUCUUAUGUCUGACAGACUAAAAUAUUUCUCAGGGUGCUACCAAACGGGUGGCACAAUCACAAGCUACGAAAGCUAAACAGUAUCCCAUCUCUUUGGGGGCCAAAGGACAGCACUGUAGGCAUGAGACCUGAUGGUUUGGUGACCUUAAGAGCACUCUGGAAUUCAGUUUAAGGUCCUAGGUCUCUCUGGAAGAGGAAUGAGGUCAAAUGGCUCAAAGCAGGUAGGACUGAGAGCACUCACCCCUGGGUUUUUUUGCUGCCAAGAAAAUUGCUCUUUAUCCCUGGGAGUGGCAAGACUGCAAAGAGUACAGGUUGGCAGGAGGGGAGGGGCAGGAGCAUGACUGCUGUGUGCCUGUGACAUAUAUAGUCAUUCAUGUGAAGGAACAGGUGCAAGGUGAAGACUGGGGAGGUUCUGGCAAACCAAGGGGAGGGGUAAGUUCCUAUCUCCUCUACUCCCUUCCACACACCCUUCUUCCUGCUACUGUGCCUUAAAAACCACAUGAACCUGCUGAUCCAGCCACUCUUGGCCAUGAUGUCCAACAUCACUCACUGUACCUGACCAGGGACCUAGGAUUUUGAGGAUCUCAGACUACUUAAUUCACCAGUAAUUCUUCUUCUUCCUGCUUUUUCCUCCUCUAUGAGCAUCACUUGUUCUCCAGAGGACCCAGGGAUUCUGGGCUCUUCACUACGCUUUCCAGCUUUAACCUACCAAACCCAGGACCUCUAGUUUCAUUGCCUCCUCCAGUACCAUGGGCUCCCAUUUACUUCUCUUUGGAUUGCCUGCUCUUGGGAUUUAUGCCCUGGCAUCUCACUGCCUCAGAAAGAAGCCACAUCUGCUCCACAAAGCAAAAAGGUUUCCUGUCCGAUGCCGCCAUGUCUCCCACAGGGGUGGCUCCGGUGAACGGAUUGAGAACACUUUGGGAGCCUUUAGCCAUGCCUUGAGCCAGGGGACAAACCUGCUGGAACUUGACUGCCAUAUGACAAGAGAUGGAGUUGUGGUUGUGUCCCAUGAUAAUAAUCUUGAGCGCCAGACAGGACACAACAUCAAGAUCAGUGAGACAGACUAUGCGGAUCUGCCACCCUAUAAGGAUUCUCUGGAGGUGACAUUUUCACCAGGUUCUUUCUCCCAUGGUGAAGACCAUAGGAUUCCAAGGCUGGAAGAAGUCUUCCAGAAAUUCCCUGGAGUACCUAUCAAUAUUGAAAUUAAACAGGACAAUGAUGAACUCAUACAGAAGGUAGCCAAUCUUGUUCGGCAAUAUGAGCGCUGCCACAUAAGUAUUUGGGCUACAUUUGAAGGGGAAGUACUGAAGAAAUGCUGUGCAGCUAACACAGAGAUGCCCUAUAUCUUUUCUCUGAAACGUGGCAUUAUGAUACUCCUCCUUUAUUACGUGGGACUCCUGCCUUUUUUGCCUCUGAAGGAAUCCUUCCUCGAGUUUGUGCUGCCCUCCAUCAUGAACAGGACAUAUUUUCCAGUGGAAAAGGGCAUGUUUGGAGCACUGCUGGCAAAAUUUGCUUACAAGUUCUUCUUUGGGUCUUGAAUGAGGAUAAAGAUUUUGAGGAUGCCUUCAGUUAUGGGAUUUCUGGAGUCAUGACUGAUUAUCCCACACGUCUCCGGACAUAUCUAGACACUCACCCACCUCUUUUCAAUGAAUAAUUACCAUGACUGAGAAUGCACUGCGGGAGAAGCUGCUUAAUAUUUAGAUACCUGACUGGGAAAAGAAGAGAGAUGCGUAGCAUCAGAAGGAAAAGAAAGAAACCCUGAGCUACAUUUUGUAUGGUGAAAAGAUAUAGUAAUGUUAUGAAAUAAAUAAAC